AUGAAAACAAUAGCCAAGCACUUCUUUUCCGACCCCACCCACCUCGUCAUCACUGCCCUUCGCGCCCAGACUCUCAUAAAUCCAUCCCUCGCUUUCGAUGAGGAAAGCAAGAUCGUCUUCCGUCGUCCUGAAACGACCUCGAAAUCAAAGGUGGCCGUCGUCAGCGGUGGAGGCUCUGGCCACGAGCCCGCCUUUGCCGGCUAUGUUGGCAAGGGCUUCCUGACUGCUUCCGCUGCUGGAACUAUCUUUGCUUCUCCUUCAGCCGACCAGGUUCUUCGAGCAACUGUUCAGCGUGUGGAGUCAGACAACGUUCUGGUCAUCCCAAACAACUAUACCGGCGACGUGCUCCACUUUGGUAUGGCUGUUGAAAAGGCCAAGGCAGCAGGCAAAAAUGUCGAGUUCUUCGCCAUCGGCGACGACGUUGGCGUUGGCCGUACCAAGGGUGGCAAGGUUGGGCGUCGAGGUCUUGCCGGUGGUGUCUUGGUUCUGAAAAUCGCAAGCGCCCUGGCUGAGCUUGGUGCCUCACUAAGCGAUGUACACCGCAUUGCACAGCUCACCAAUGACAACUUGGUCACCCUGGGCUCUUCCCUCGAGCACGUGCAUGUCCCGGGCCGUCAAGUCUCGUCUGACCUUUUGCCAGCGGACGAGAUUGAGGUCGGAAUGGGCAUUCACAAUGAACCUGGCUCUCACCGUGUGAAGGCGGGCGACUUCCCCGCCCUAAUCAAGACUAUGCUUGUCCAACUCCUAGAUCACAAUGACCCGGAUCGCGGCUGGAUGAAAGUUAACUCGGGUGACAAAUUCGUUCUAUUGAUAAAUAACCUGGGCAGCGUUAGCAACCUGGAGUUGUCAGGUAUCACCGCCGAGGUGUCUCUACAACUGGAGAAGGACUACAAGAUCAAGCCUGUACGGAUCCUUCAGGGAAUGUACUCAUCUAGUCUUAACGGUCUUGGUUUCAGCAUUUCAUUGUUGAAAUUGGCCGACACGGGCUUGGGACCCGGCAAGUCUCUGUUGGAGCUAUUGGAUGCCCCAACCGAAGCCGCCGGCUGGGCAGCUCCCAUUCACUCGUCCACAUGGGAAAAACAUGCUUCCGAUGGCCCUGUGGAACUCAAGAAGAUUGUUACAACUCAGGACACACCAAGUAACUUGAAGGUCCCCCGCGACCAGUUUAAGAAGGCUCUAUUCGCCGGGCUCCAACGCGUGAUCGAUGCCGAGCCCCUUGUGACUAAAUACGACACCAUCGUUGGCGAUGGCGACUGCGGUGUCGGCCUGAAGCGCGGAGCUGAAGCCGUGCUCAAAGCCAUCAAAGAUGACCCCAGCCCCACGGACGACGCUAUCCUCACUGUUGACAAGAUUGUUGAGGCAGUCGAAGCCAAUAUGGAUGGAACCUCGGGUGCCAUCUACGCCAUCUUCCUGAAUUCGCUUGUCCAUGGGCUUCGUGCGCAGGACAAGAGCGGAUCUGCUACCCCAGCUAAUACAAAGAUUUGGGCUGAAGCAUUGAAAUCCUCGGUCACCGCCCUGGCCAAAUAUACUCCUGCACAGGUUGGGGACCGCACCUUGGUUGAUGCCCUGGUGCCCUUCUCCAACAAGCUGAGCGAGACGGGCGACGUGCAUGCUGCUGCCAAAGCCGCUCAGGACGGCACCGAAGCCACCAAGCAUCUCAAGGCUAGUCUCGGUCGCGCCGUGUAUGUUGGUAGUGAAGGAGACUGGUUGGGCAAGGUCCCCGACCCAGGCGCCUAUGGCUUGUCCGAGUUCCUCAGUGGUUUGGCCAGCAGUCUGUAA